AUGGAUAAGACUGCUUUUCGAACGUUUUUACUUCAUGAGUUCAAACUUGGUCGAACGGCAACGGAGGCAACCACAAAUGUGAACAUGGCUUGGGGAGAAGGCACUGCAUCGGAACGAACGGUUCGUCGCUGGUUUCAAAAGUUUAGAAAUGGAGACGAUUCGCUGGAAGACAAAGAGCGAGCUGGCCGACCAUCGCUAGUUGAUCCCGAAGUUUUGAUGGAAGCAGUUGAAAAAGAUCGGCGUCAACCUCUGCCAGAUCGCCAAGAAUGU